AUGCGCCGCUCCUUCAACUCCCUCGGCUCCUUGGCAGCUGUGGAAGAUCUCUCGUGGGAUGUGGACGAUAUGGAGACAGAGCCCGAAAUAGUCUUUGCUGUCAACGCUCUGCAGGAGCUCUUCGCGAGGUGGCAGCAGGCAGAAACAGACAACUUCUGGCAGCGCAAAUCUCACAAGGUAGUUCUUUCCGUCGUGGUCUGCGCCAGAGAAAACGGAACCCUGGUGGCGAUGCCGGGGAUGAACACGGAGGUUGCCUUGACUGCUGGCUCGCUGUGCGCGGAGCGAGCAGGCAUUGCACGCGCAGCGACGGAGUUUUUCCAUGCAAAGGCCAUCAAGGUCAUUGCCGUCAUUGACCCUUCAGGUGGCAUUGCCCCGUUGUGGCCUUGCAAGGUUUGCCAAGAAUGGCUCUCAAAGCUUUGCGGUCAAAGUGGGAAGAUCACCGUGGUGGCCUUCCCUGGUGCAGAGAACGAUUUUCAACGUGUUGUCGUGCGCCGCUAUGGCGAGGAAAGCUUUAAGGAUGUGCGAGCCCCCACUUCUGUCAGCGUGCGCAGUAGUCUCAAGCAGGUGGUCGAGCAGGCUUGA